UGUGUGUUUUAAUGCUGUCAGCCGGCUGACAAGCUAGCAAGCAGGUUAACCACUGCACUAAAUGGCGCUAAAGAGCUAGCUUAGCUAACUUUUUUUAUACUGGCUUGUAGGUGAAGCAGGUUCAUUUAAAACAUUAGCAACAUUUGAUAAAGACAGGAAAUGGGCAGUGUUUUGGCUGCCAGCUCCCCCAACCCUCCACCACCAGCCUCUGGUGGUGCUGCCGUCCCGGGGCUGACGGUGCCGCCAGGCUUCGGGAUGCCUCCAGUUUCCUCAGUUUUAACCCCUAAUGAGGCAGCCUCAGGACAGCAGCCGGAGGCAGAAAACCCUCUGCCUAACCCGGGUGCAUUUGAUGAGUGUCAUCGCAAGUGCAAAGAGGUGUUCCCUAUGCAGAUGGAGGGCGUCAGGCUAACUGUCAACAAGGGCCUUAGCAAUCACUUCCAGGUGAAUCACACUGUGCUGCUGAGCACCUUGGGAGAUUCGUCCUACAGGUUUGGUGCAACAUACGUUGGAACAAAGCAGAUGGGUCCAGCAGAGUUUUUUCCAGUCAUGGUGGGAGACAUGGACAACAGCGGCAGCCUUAACGCCCAAAUCAUCCACCAAAUCUCCAGCGGAGUACGAUCCAAAUUGGCCUUCCAGACACAACAGAACAAGUUUGUGAACUGGCAAGGCGAUGCUGAGAUCAGGGGAGAGGAUUUUACUGCAACCAUUACUCUUGGAAACCCAGACGUCCUUGUCGGCUCUGGUAUUGUUGUAACACACUACCUCCAGUCCAUAACACCAGAUCUGGCGCUGGGAGGGGAGCUGGUUUACCACCGCAGGCCUGGAGAGGAAGGUGCAGUGAUGUCUUUAGUUGGCAGGUACACAGGUAGCAACUACAUCGCCACAUUGACGCUUGGCUCAGCGGGGGCUCACGCUUCAUACUAUCACAAAGCCAACGACCAGUUGCAAAUCGGAGUGGAGUUUGAAGCGAGCAGCCGCAUGCAGGACACCAGCGUGUCAUUCGGUUACCAGCUAGAUGUUCCAAAAGCCAAUUUACUGUUUAAAGGUUCAGUGGACAGUAACUGGGUAGUCGGUGCCACGUUAGAAAAGAAGCUGCUCCCGCUGCCGCUCUCUCUGGUCCUCUGCACCUUCCUCAACCAUCGCAAGAACAAGUUCCAGUGCGGUUUCGGCGUCACCAUCGGUUAGACUGACUGAGCGGCGGGUUAUCGACCCGCGGACUGACAGACAGAACAGACAGACUCACUAUGGACGAGCAGACUAUGCCGUGUACACUACUGUGUCCCAUCAACUCAAUCUGCCCCAUACGGCCAUUUUCAUGUUAUCCGUUUCCCAGAUCGUGUUUCAUCAAAUAGAAGGUACUAAUGUAAAUCAAAUGCCUUUUUAAUCGUAUAACAUGAGUUGCCUGAUCAGAAGUGUAAAAAAAAAAAAUAAUGUGGUCGAUCAGGAAGUUGUUGACGUGGACUCUCGACACAAACCAAUAGACAGUAGAAAGACCUAACACAUCAUGAGACGUUACAGAGCUCUUUGUUUUUGUCACUGAGGUCAGUGCCUGUCGCUCCAGUGCUGAGUUUUAUUGUUUUUUUUGUUUUUUUUACUGUAAAACCUGUCUUGGCGUGCAGUGGCUGAAGUCGUUGUCGUUUGUUUGUUUAAAGGUGAUUUCUUGGUUACAGACGAGUUUACCGGCUACCUGAAGGGAGUGUACUGUACUGCAUGUUCACAAUCCAUCACUUGUUUUGUUGCCUUUUUUAUGUUACGUACAUAUGAAACGUAUAUAUGACCUGUAUAUACCUCUUGGAAACUGAUAAAUACCAUUUCUUACAAAAACUG